UAUGAUAAAGAAACGACAGAAGCUGGUACAGUUAGCGAACAGUUGUGAGCUGGGCUGGCGCGUAGUGGCGGAAUAUGAAACCAACCCAAUAGCAAGGGACAGCGAUGAUGAAAAGAAAAUGUAUAAGGCUGAGGCGAGAGCUGCGAAGAAGGUGAAAUCUGAAAAGUCCAAGAACCGUCGUGGUCGAGCAUUUCCUUACAGACGUCAACGACAAGUUCCAGAUACUCCGUCGUCGUCUGGUGUAAUGCAGCGUAACAGACGUCAUGGUUUAUGCUUUACUUGCGGAAAGCCCGGGCACUGGAAGAUGGAAUGCAAUCAAAAUAGUUCUGGUUUGAGACAUACCUUAAAACGAAAGUUUGAGGAAGCUGGUGUAAAUAUUGACAAUAGUGAUUCGGUAGUAGACAGAAUGGCAAACCACAUAUUAUCUGCUAGAGCUGAUGGAACAGUGACGAAAUAUUCUAGUCAGAUUAAAUACUUUUGAAAACUUUUGUAAAAUGAAAGGCUUCCAGUCACGCCAUGCAAAUUCUAUACAUGUGGCUAUGUACUGAUCAAGCCUAAUAGAUUUGGGAAAGUCGGACAACGUGAUAUCUUCACCGUUCUAUGCGAUCAAAUGGUUACAUGACGUUAAAUAACUUUGAGAGAUUUAGCUAUGAUAUUAAUCGGUUAUUUAGGAUUUUUGAGAUAUAAUGAAAUUAGUGAAAUCAAAUGCAAUGAUGUUGAGUUUAAACCCGAUUAUAUUGUAUUACACAUUAGAAAGAGCAGAACAGACAUAUAUAAUUUAAAUAGCAUAAAUACACCUAACAUUUGUUUCGUUCUAUAAAGUGAACAUCUUGCCAUUGCAAUAGGUGUUUGUUAUUUUGUGGGUAGUCUUGUUAAGACUUGAAGUUCUCCGCGGUACGUAUUAUAGCGAAGAACAUAUAUCUUAACACGGCGAAGCGCAAAAUCAUUGAACCAUUUUGUGCACGGGAUUUUUCGCGGGUAAUUGGUAGCGAAGAAAUCAGUUCUACCCAAGUUUUUGUACUAGUUACAUCUCCUUUAUGCUAUUCAAAUUAACACAUUGUUGUACUUGUGUAUAAAUAAGGCCGAAAAAGAUGUAAAUACGCUCAUUAUAUCAAGUAAAAAUGAAACUGAAACUGAAACUGUUUUAUUUGAUUAAACGCCUAUUUUUACGGAAAACAUAUUCAAUGGCGUUUUACAAAUACAUAAAAAUACGACAAAAAAUUAAGAUAUUUAAUGACAUAUAACAUAAAUGAGCAUAAAUAUCAUUGUGGAUAAACUAUUUAGUAAGCAUUAAAGAAGAAAAAAAAAAAAAAAAAAAAAAGAUCAGACAUCAGAUAAGAUUAA